AUGGAGAGAAAUCAAAUCCUGAAAACAUCAUUAUUCCACAAAUUUGUCAAAUACUGCAAGAAAUCAUCGGUGAAUAACUUCUCUGAGAAUAGAGAGAUGGUAAGGCCUGAUGAAUCUUCCAGCAAGGAUGACACGUUUAAGAUCUUGCUGGCCACAGAUAUCCACCUUGGUUUCAUGGAGAAAGAUCCAGUUCGUGGCAAUGAUUCUCUAGUGACCUUUGAAGAGAUUCUUGAAAAGGCCAAAAAUAAUGAUGUUGACUUUAUUCUGCUUGGCGGUGAUUUGUUCCAUGAGAAUAAACCUUCACGUCGUAUCUUACAUGGUUGCAUAUCAUUGAUGCGUAAAUAUUGCCUUGGUGAAAAACCUGUUCAGUUUGAAUUUAUCAGUGACCAGUCUGUUAAUUUUGAACACUGCAACUUUCCUUAUCUAAACUAUGAGGACCCAAAUCUUAACAUAUCCUUUCCUAUAUUCUCAAUUCAUGGCAAUCAUGAUGAUCCAACUGGGCAAGGAAAUCUCUGCUCUCUGGAUCUCCUGCAUACAACUGGAUUUAUCAAUUAUUUUGGCAAAACAACAUCACUGGAAAAGAUCACAUUAUCACCAUUGUUGAUGCAAAAGGGAAACACAAAACUGGCCAUGUUUGGUCUGGGCUCAAUCCGAGAUGAACGUCUUCAUCGGAUGUUUCUAAACAAAAACGUCUCUAUGCUACGACCACGUGAAGAUCAGGAUGAUUGGUUUAACUUGUUUGUGAUCCAUCAAAAUCGCUACAAGCAUUCAGCAACCAAAUACAUUCCUGAACAGUUCCUUGAUGACUUUUUAGACCUUGUUCUGUGGGGUCAUGAGCACGAGUGUCGUAUAGACCCUGAAUGGAAUGGAGUCCAGAAUUUCUAUGUUUGUCAGCCUGGAAGUAGUAUUGCAACAUCGAUGAGUCCAGGAGAGGCAGCACCAAAGCAUGUUGGCCUCUUGUAUAUCAAUGACAAAAAUUUCAAGAUCAGCAAACUUCCUUUGGAAACUGUUCGGCAGUUUUAUACAGAAGAUAUUGUCUUUAGUGAAACCUCCCUUAAACCUGAUGAUCCAAAUGUCAGUUCAAAGAUGGAAAAAUAUUGUAUGGAGAAAGUAGAAUUUUAUCUUGAAAAAGCAGCUCAAACCCAUUCUGGUAACAGCAAGCAACCAAACAAACCACUGAUUCGUUUACGUGUUGACUACAGUGGAGGUUUUGAACCUUUUUCUGCUUUAAGAUUUGGUCAAAAGUUUGUUGAUAAAGUUGCCAACCCGAAAGAGAUAAUUACUUUCCACAGAAAGAAAGCAACAGUUACAGAUAAAAAGAGCAUUAUAUUUGAUAGCAAAGCAUUAUCUGAUUUCAAACCUGAAACUCUUGAUUCUGCUCGAGUGGAGGAUAUUGUGCACAGUCUCUUAUCCAAUGGUGAAAUGAGCCAUAAGCUUCAGCUUUUAACUGAGAAAGGUCUUGGAAAUGCAGUACGAGAGUUUGUUGACAAGGAAGAAAAGGAUGCUAUUUGUGAACUUGUGAAAUGUCAACUCAAGAAAACACAGAAAUAUUUGAACCAACACUCUGCUAAUGAAGAUAAUGUUGAAACUUUGGUGCAUCAGUAUAAAGAAGAACGUACAAAGAAAAAAAAUGAGGAUGAAGGGAAGGAAUCCCUCAAAGAAUCUGAAUCCCUAUACAGCAAAAGUACACAGAAUGUAACUGCAGAUGAUGUGACCAGUUUUUUAAAUUCUGAUGAUGAUGAUUUUAACUUAGCCUUUGAUUUGGACCUAACCAAAAAUAAAAAAUCUACACCCUCCAAGAAUGCUAACACUCGUAUGAUCAGUGACUCUGAUUCAGAUGAGAGCUCAUCUAUAAUCAACCAGAAGAAGGUAACCACCCGUGGAAGAGGCCGUGGCAGAGGAGCAAGAGGCUCUGGUAGAGGCCGAGGAGCUAGGACCAAGGCCCCUGUUGUAACUGGUGAUAUAGGCAGUUACUUUACACAGUCACCCUCAUCAAAGCGGGCUGCUUCUCCAACCUGCAGCAAUGACGUGAUUAUUUCUGAUGAUAGUGACAGCAAUAUUUUUGAGCCUUCAUUGAAGAUUAGGAAGACAACCAGUGGCAAAUCUUCUGCCAAUACCACCCGCAACAAGCCAGCUCCCAAAAGAAGGGGUCUAACUUUUGAUGAUUCUGACUGA